AUGGCAAACCAAGAAUUCCAACCCUCUUUUACCGAUACAACCGAUAUCGAUAACGCAAAGCGGGGCUUCAUUGAUGCCCUGGAACCAUGCAUUAUCCGCUCUUCCGGCGGGAGAGUCGUGUGGAAUAAUGAUGAAUAUGACUUCCUCACUGGGGAAUGUCCCCCAACCGCCAACCCGAAGCUCUGGCGACAAGGCCAAUUAUUGUCCAUCCAAGGACUGUUCAAGUUGACCGAAGGGGUUUACCAAGUGCGUGGGCUUGACCUUUCCAACAUGACCAUCGUGGAGGGUAAGGAGGGUGUCCUUGUGAUCGACCCCCUCACCGCAGUAGAAACCGCGUUUGCAGCACUGGCUCUUUACCGAAAGCAUCGUGGUGAUCGCAAAGUGACAGGAGUCAUCUACUCGCACUCGCACGUCGACCAUUUUGGCGGUGCUCAGGGUAUACUUCCGAUGGCGAAGAACCACUCGAUCCCUAUAAUCGCCCCCGAAGGGUUCAUGGAGGAAGCAACCAGCGAGAACCUCUAUCUUGGAAAUGCGAUGCGUCGCCGUGCUGUGUACAUGUAUGGAACUCGACUUCCAAAAGCCCCCGACGGGCAAAUCGGAUGUGGGCUUGGCAUGUGUGUUCCCACCGGUGUCAAUUCACUCGUUCCACCGAAUACGACCAUCCACCGAACCGGCGAGGAACAAGUUGUGGACGGGGUUCGCAUUAUAUUCCAACUCGUACCCGAGUCGGAAGCCCCUUCGGAGAUGAACUUCUAUUUCCCUGAUCAUCGAGCACUGUAUAUUGCUGAAUGCGCAGUACACUCGCUUCAUAACAUCAUCACCUUACGUGGAGCCCAAGUUCGGGACGCAAAGGCUUGGUCUCAGUAUCUGGAUGAAUCCCUUACUCUUUUUGCAAAAGAGUCGGAGGUUAUGCUGGCCGGUCACGCCUGGCCUACCUGGGGCUCUGCGGAAAUCGCCAAGUUCAUUGCAGACCAACGAGAUCUGUAUGCAUAUCUCCACGAUCAAACUGUUCGUUUAAUGAAUCAUGGGAUGACCGGUAUUGAGAUAGCAGAGCACUUGAGCCUUCCGCCCUCUCUGCAGAAGUCGUGGUUUGCACAGGGAUUCUAUGGGUCUGUUAGUCAUAAUGUGAAAGGUAUCUAUCAGCGAUAUAUGGGGUGGUUUGACGGGAAUCCUGCUCACCUCUGGGAACACCCUCCAAAGCAAAGUGCACAGAGAUACGUGCAGUGUAUGGGUGGAAUCGACAAGGUUGUGCAAAAAGCAGAGAGCUUUGUCACAGAUGGUGAUUUGCGGUUUGCUGCAACAUUGCUGGACCACGCUGUCACGUCUGACCCAUCGCAUACUGGUGCGAAGAAGGCGUUGGCAUCUGUUUUCACCAAACUCGGUCAAGCGUCAGAGAAUGGGACCUGGCGCAACUUCUAUCUGACUGGAGCCGAAUAUCUGCUUGCCGAAGGGAGCGCCAAUCCUCGGCAGAGCUUGAGCGGUGGCCUCAGGCUAGAACAGUCAGUUGAACAGUGGUUGACUUUGUUAUCAAUUCGACUUGAUGGCCUCAGAGCGGCCGAGGAAUGUUUCUCUAUUGAAUUUCAUUUGGCAGAUGAGCAGCAGCGGUGGCGAGUGAAUAUUAACAAUGGCGCCUUAACCUAUAGGAAGGUUGUUAGUAAGGAUGAUUUUGGCGGAAGAGCGAGUCAGACUUUGAGCUUGACGAAGCCCGAGCUGUUCAGAGCUUUGACUGGCGACGCUUGUGCGGACUCUUCACAAGAGGGCCUCGAUUUGGUUCAGAAGCUCCUGUCGUUGAUGGAAACGUCCGAGAAGCCCACGCAAAUGCAGCUGUAG